UCUGUCAGCACCGAGCACAGCUUGAGGGAGAGAAGAGGAUGGCGGUGGCUGAGACGCAGCUGUAUGCAAAGGUGUCCAACAAACACAGGAGCAAAAGCCCCUCUGCACUCCUGGAGUCUCUCCUGGCCAAAGGAUUCCCAGCUCACAUUGCGCAAAAAGCCUUGGUUGCUACCGGCCAAAAGUCAAUAGAAGAUGCUGCAAAAUGGUUGCACUCUCACUGCAACGAUCCCUCUUUGGAUGACCCCAUCCCCCAGGAAUAUGCUCUUUAUUUGUGCCCCACUGGCCACUUGUUUAACUGCCUGCAAGAGUUUUGGAAGGAGAGCAAGCGGCAGUGCGGGAAGAACAGAGCCCAUGAGAUUUUCCCUCACAUCACACUCUGUGACUUCUUCACGUGUGAAGACCAGAAAGUGGAAUUACUGUAUGACAUCUUAAAGAGAAUCUGCAACAGCUUUGCACAGAGAUUUCCACCAACUAUUUCCCUAUCAUUACACUCAUCCACCAGCUACCUUGGUUUCUUUGUUGGUGACAGCCACGCAAAUAUCCUCAAAGAAUUUGCUGUGGCCUUCUCUUCAGAGGCUUCAGCCCUAGCAGACUGUCACGUGAAGCCCUGCCUAAAGCAGCUCCACCUUACCUUGGCUCACAAGUUCUGUCCUCACCACCAGAAGACUUUGGAGCAACUCGCCAAAUGCAUUAACCCAGAGGAGACCUGCCACUGGGUAGCUGCUCUCUACUCAAGGGACAUGCGUUUUGUGCAUUACCAGACACUGCGGGCUCUCUUCCAGUACAAGCCCCAGAAUAUUGACGAGCUCAUGAUCAAUGCUGGGGACUUCAUCUACGUCAACCCAACACAGCAGUCUGAAGUCAGCGAAGGCUGGGUCAUCGGGACCUCGCACCAGAGUGGGUGCAGGGGUUUUCUUCCUGAAAACUACACAGAGAGAGCCAACGAGUCAGACACGUGGGUUAAGCACAGGGAAUAUGCUUUUGUGCCAGCUUCAAAAUUUUUCACCCAAUCCACGAAUGAUCCUAAUGUUAAGCUGAAUGGAGAAGUCCAUAAUCCUGUUAUGUCAAGGAGUGUAACUGAUGUUCUUUCACUUCAGCUGUCUCAGAACACCAAUCUGCGAAGAGGUGUGUUGGUGAUGCGCCAUGGAGAAAGAGUUGAUCAGGUCUUUGGGAAAUCUUGGCUUCAACAGUGCUUAACUGCAGAUGGAAAAUACUACAGGGCAGACCUCAACUUUCCUUCCACCCUACCAAAACGGAAAGACAGUGUAAAGCAUUUUGAGCAUGAUCCUCCUUUAUCUUCCUGCGGUGUUUUCCAAUCAAGACUUAUAGGGGAAGCUCUGCUGGACCAAGAGGUGACAGUCAGCUACAUGUACUCAUCGCCUGCCCUACGCUGCAUACAGACAGCCCAACAUGUACUACAAGGGCUUAAAUUAGACCAAAAAGUCAAAAUCAGAGUGGAACCAGGACUGUUUGAAUGGACCAAGUGGGAAGCAAGCAGAGUAAUUCCAAACUUUAUGACUCUCACAGAACUGACAGAGGCUUCUUACAACAUAGAUACAAGUUACAGGGGAAUCAUCCCACUCUCUUCUCUGGUCCCGUCAGAAAGUUAUGAGGAAUAUGUGAGCAGAAGCUCUGCAGUUAUAAAAGAGAUUGUCACUGCCUGCCCCAGCAAAGGUGUCAUCCUUAUUGUGGGGCAUGGCUCUUCCUUGGCAUCUUUCACCCGACCUCUGAUAGGACUCCCUGCCAGAGACAGCAGCGACUUUGCCCAUGUAGUCCGAAAGAUCCCUUCUCUGGGCAUGUGUUUCUGUGAAGAGCUCAAAGAGGAGAAGAAAUGGCUGAUGGUUAACCCUCCAGUGAAGACAUUAACUCAUGGAGCAAAUGCAGCAUUUAACUGGAGAAAUAGUAUCAUGGAAGGUUAGAAGGCCAGCUUUGUCCUUGCAUCUGCCAAAAACAAGCAGCAUCAGAUCCAUUUUCUGUGUGGCUCCACUAGGAGGGUGAUCUGCAGGUACAGUGUCUUCCUUUUUCUUUGAACAGUUCCCUUGUGCUUUUACCACUGCACACAACAUAGUAAUGAAAUACUUUGCUUUUCAUGCCUCUCCACCUGCAGAAUGCUUCUUACAGCCAGUUUAUUGCUCUCUACUCCUGAUCAUGUCACUAAGUUGGUAAGCACUGCUUGGCAGGGCUUUCCUUACAGGUGGGGGCAUAGGGAAAGAAUUCAACAAAUUUAUUCAGUUCUAUCAUGCAGAGAGCCCACAGAGCACCAAGAAACCCAUCUGCAAACCAAAUAUGCUUGGUAGGAGUCAUUAAGACAUUUGCACACAGAAAAAGACAGUGUAUUGUUUUUCACUACGUAUGCACUCCAAUAAUUUUGAAUUUGGUGAAUGCAGCGAAUUAAACCUCAGAGCAUGUAGGAAAGAGGAUUUGGGGACUUGUAUAUUUUUCUUGUGGUGUUUUCUAAACCUCACACUGCACCGCUGAGCAGAAGAGGAGAAAAGUUUUGUUGCAAAGUUUUGUUUUAGCUUAUACAGAUUUUAUUUCAGUCAUCCAAAUUAACUGAACAGGCAGCAGAAGUGGCAAUUGUAUCCGAAGCUCAAUGAAAGGGCAAGGAUAAGCUCUUCUACUCACAAGUUCCCCUUUUUGGGCUUUCCUACAACCUAUAUGAGCAUAGACUCAGCUCCAAAAAACAUUUUGUAGGAUCAGAGCUGCAAUUAUAUCUUUCUUCUACAACCUACAAUCUAAGAAUCUACAAGGAUUUGUAGUUGUAAAAACUGGUGCUUAGAAGAGAGACAGAAUUCCUGAUGGGAUGUGUUCAUCAUACGAAAUAAAUUGCUGAAUACAGGUAA